AUGAGUACUGUGCGAGACUCGUUCCACUACCCUGCCAUCCAAAUUCGACAACUAUUUGAGCUUAUCCAGCGAAAAUGCGAGACGUCACUGCUGAACAAGAAGAGACUUCGCAUGCUUGCGACUGCGGAGAAGCUCCAGAUCUAUCUCCAAGCUGCAUUCGAUCACUUUGCCAAAGACUUGACAACACCAUUUGAUCUUAUCAAGGAAGCGCUGAAACACAGCCCUGUUCCCAGGGGAUUUGGCGGAAACAUUCUAACGCUGCCUUUGCUCAUGCAAGAGAACUCUGCCACCCCGGCUCACUUUGGCACUGCUGGAACUUUCACUGACAUGGCACCUAUCCUUGCGUCUUGUUUUCAUCUAGACUCAGUCCGGCAGAACCUUUUAGGAACAACAGAGCGUCUUUUGAACGAUGUAUAUGCCGAGUUCUGUGAAUACGCUGUCAAGCAGUUCUCUGAUCUAUACUUGCCUUGUAGCUUUGAGAACUCACGUGGCAGAUGCUGCAACAAACGGCUCGGCCACAGUCCCAAAGGCCAUCAGAACGAUCUUGGCAAGCAACUCGCCCCUGGGAGCUACGAGUCGGCUUUUCAGCCCCACGAGUUCCAAGCAGAAUGGCUGAACUUGAUAUGGAAAUAUCUUCAGCGGAUGGAGGCGAAAUUUGAUGAUCAGAGCCACACACACGCACAUAUAUCCAGUGCUGAUAUUGCCUCUUCUUUGCACCGCGACGAAAUCAACGAAUUUUAUAAAGCAAGAGCCACCUCUGCAGCACUGCCUUUCUUCAAGCCAUACGAGAAGCCCGAGACGAAGGACAUAUAUCUUGACGGCGCCCUAUAUCACAACUGUCCCGUCUGGGUGGCUCAUCACGAGAAAAGGUUGAUUUGGCCAGAUGAAAGUGGAGACUUGCCUGACUUGCUUCUUUCUGUCGGUACAGGCUGCCACCGUGAGGGCGUGAGAAUGGGCGAGACAGUUCCUUCUCCGUCUAUUCGCAAAGCUAAAGCAGGAAAAUCGCCCCUGCUUUCUCAACUAUAUCAAACGGGGUCAGACAGGCUCGGCGAUAUCCUCAACUGCAGCCGUAUCUGGGAGAACUUUUUGACAGAGAAUGCGCAGCUCAACAGCAGAUUGAACCCAAGUGGAACGCAACGCCACGUGAGGAUCAAUCCCGACCUCGGUGCAAGUGUGCCUAGACUCGACGAUGUUUCAGCGAUUGAGGAUGUCGAGCGCAGUGUGAACAGGUACUUUCAUCAACAUCAAGAUUUGGUAAAGCAAACAGCGCACAGGCUCAUUGCCAGUACCUUUUUCUUCCAAACAGAGCCAGAUUUGAUCAAGGUCAUUGGGAGCGAGUUUCAUUGCCAAGGACGCAUUCUCUGCAGAUUUAUGAACCGAUCAAUCGAGCUCAAAUCUCUUGGGAGAUUUCUCCAAACUUGCGUCAGUGGGGACUUUGAACCUUACUUCAUUAUCCAGGAAGGUGGUUAUUCGUAUAAUGAUGUCAAGUUUCCCUGUCCGAGAGUAUCAUACACAACAUGUGUCUCAAGGGAAGUUUUGAACUGGGUGCCAUCGAAUUUCGAGCACACAGAGAGCCUUCUCUCAUUCGCAUCUCACUUUGUCUCCAUGAUAGCCCAUAUACUAGCGCUACCGAUGCCCUUCUCCCCAUUAGCGGCUUUCCACGAGAAGUGGUGA